AUUAUUAUGCCGUGGGCGUCAUGGGGCCUCGCUCAUGUGCGGAAGCAAAAAGACGUCCCAAAGGUUGGGGCGGGCAGUUCAAGAGACCUCUCCUCCAACUUUCAUCACUUUUUCAGCAGUUCCCUGGCCAGCCCUCGCCUGUUCUUCCUCAUCAUGCCUCCCUCUACAUACACUCGGGCUGCUAAGGUGGUGUGUGGCGUCGGCGCGGUGGCGAUUGGGAUUUAUCUGGGCUACGAGAACCGGCACAGAACGACGCUCCGUGCUUCAUGGACCACGAACUUCAAACCUAGUGUAGAAUGGGACUGGAACUGGGACAGACGCGAGCCCAGCAGCCUGGUGAAGCCACCAAAGACGGAAGAUGAGAAGGACUCGAAUGAGUACAACGUUAAGCUGGAGGGAGUCAAGUCCAAGGCCAACAGACACCUCAUCUUCAUCAGACAUGGCCAGUAUGACAUGAGCCCCAAGAGUGAUGAGGGGAGGAAACUUACAGGGCUAGGUAAAGAACAGGCGACUUUCACAGGUAAAAGACUCCAGGAGCUGAGUAAGGAACUCGGUGACUUUGACCUCAUUAUGCAGUCCACCAUGACACGUGCAAUGGAGACAGCUCAGAUCAUCUCAGGUUUUCUUCCCAAGGUGCCUUUGCAGAGUUGUGCACUGCUGCGGGAGGGGGCACCCAUCCCUCCUGAACCCCCUAUUGGCCACUGGAGGCCAGAACCUUCUCAGUUUUACGAGGACGGUGCUCGGAUUGAGGCAGCCUUCAGGAAAUAUGUCCACAGGGCGGACGCAGAGCAAGCUGUGGACAGUUACGAAGUGUUUGUCUGUCAUGCCAACGUCAUACGAUACUUUGUUUGUAGAGCACUGCAGUUCCCACCAGAAGCCUGGUUACGCAUCAGUCUGAACCACGGCAGCAUCACGUGGCUCACGGUCCGACCCAACGGCAGGGUCGUGCUGAAGGCCCUUGGGGACAGCGGCCAUAUUCCCGUGGACAAACUAACCACAUCGUAACCACUAAUAUGAUACCAACAAGCUGCUACAAGACAAGCCUGAUUGAUUCACAUUUUAAACCACUUUUGCAGCGAGAUUUUAGAAGUGUGAAGUAUUGUAUUUUCGUAGAUGUAAACAGAUAGACAGUACAGUAUGACAAAUGUACAUGUCAUUCUUUGCUUUUUGUACAACAGGAGUCCUCAGUCAGGGAGAAGCCAGGUACAAUGGUAGUAUAGAAUAGCAAUAUUUAGUAUGUGUACUAUAAAGUGGACUAGAAGUUUAUACCGAUUUGUAUCUAUUUACAGACUGGGCCAAGUCCGAAAAUUUCCACUGGUAUUUUUGUUAUGCACCUUGCUGUUGUUAAGUACAUUUUGUAUACCAAAAAUGCAACAUCCUCUAUACUUAUAUCUACCCUAUUUAUAAAUGUACCUGUGAUAAAUAUACAUGGUGUCAGUAUUUUCUAUGCACAAUCACAGACAAUAAAAGGGAUAGUGAGUGUGAGUGAGUAAGAUGUUGGUUAGAUGUGUG